GACGUCGGAGUGCGCCGCGCGCAGUCUGCUUGUAGCUUGGCGAGCGCAGUCGUGGGACUUAAUAGAAGCCUCGCGAGCGGCUGCGGGGUCCCAGGUCUCCACGGUCCGGAGGCACCAUGGACGAUAAGGAAUUAAUUGAAUACUUCAAGUCUCAGAUGAAAAAAGAUCCUGACAUGGCCUCAGCAGUGGCUGCCAUCCGGACUUUGCUGGAAUUCCUGAAGAGAGAUAAAGGGGAGACAAUCCAGGGACUGAGAGCGAAUCUCACCAGCGCCAUAGAAACCCUGUGUGGCGUGGACUCCUCCGUGGCAGUGUCCUCUGGUGGGGAACUCUUCCUUCGCUUCAUCAGCCUUACCUCCCUGGAGUAUUCUGAUUACUCCAAAUGUAAAAAGAUCAUGAUUGAGCGGGGAGAACUUUUUCUCAGGAGAAUAUCCCUAUCAAGAAACAAAAUUGCUGAUCUGUGCCAUACUUUCAUCAAAGAUGGGGCGAGGAUACUGACUCACGCCUACUCCAGAGUGGUCCUGAGAGUGCUCGAAGCAGCCGUGGCAGCCAAGAAGCGCUUCAGCGUGUACGUUACAGAGUCACAGCCUGAUUUGGCGGGUAAGAAAAUGGCCAAAGCGCUCUGUCAACUCAACGUUCCUGUCACUGUGGUGCUAGAUGCUGCUGUUGGCUACAUCAUGGAGAAGGUAGACCUCGUCAUAGUUGGAGCUGAGGGAGUCGUUGAAAAUGGCGGCAUUAUUAACAAGAUUGGGAGCCACCAGAUGGCCGUGUGCGCCAAGGCACAGAACAAGCCCUUCUAUGUAGUUGCAGAAAGCUUCAAGUUUGUGCGGCUCUUCCCACUAAACCAGGAAGACGUCCCAGAUAAAUUUAAGUACAAGGCAGAUACUCUGAAGUCUGCCCAGGCUGGACAGGACCUCAGAGAGGAGCACCCGUGGGUGGACUACACCUCUCCUUCCCUAAUCACCCUGCUAUUCACAGACCUGGGUGUGCUGACACCCUCAGCAGUCAGCGAUGAACUCAUCAAGCUCUAUCUGUAACUACUGGUCCUCCACCAGCGUCCAGCCUGUGCGCCUGGGGCAGAACAGGCAGCCUCGACCCCUGUGAGCCAGAAGGAACCAUUCUGUGGAAGACCUGUGUACUGUGGACUUCAAUCACAAGUCUUGGAGGAUCUUUUUUACUCAUCUCAGUCCCAUCAAAAAUGUGCUCUUGGUUCUAGAACCAAACCUAAAUGAGCAUAGAGCUUCCAGAAACUUUCACUGUCCAGAAAUAGCUAGAUUAUUGGCCACUGCCCCGAUGGAAGACCAAGUCCAGCACCCUUUCUCUUGUGCCACUCUAGGCUGAUUUGCCAAAAGCAUCCAAGAAAGCAAGGCAGCUGAAAAGCAGGGGCCCUCACCACAGCCAGACCCCAAGGGACAGCAGCUGGCAGGAUGUGUGCCACGUGCGGAGCUUGUGAGAAAGGCAAGGGACACCUGCUGGCUUGCACCUGCUCCCUGCCCUGGACAGGACCUGGCCAGCGAGUGAACACUGGACCCAGAACACAGGCACGCAGGCAUCAGACACCUUCCUGCCGCAGUACCUGUAAACAGGUUCUGAAUCUGUAAAAGAUGUGAAUUUCCUGUAAACACAUUUGGUCAUAAACAGCUUUUAAAAAGUAUAUUUGGCAACAAAUUCAGCAUCUUUUCAAAUAAAUUGUAUGAAAGCUUUUGAUACAUUUGCUUCAAUACUACAGGCUGACCUUAGGCCCCACACAUCAGUCACGGCAGUGAGACGUCACCAGCCAUGCCACAUGAAGGCACUGGCUGAGGAUACACUCGAAAUACUCAACAGAAGACGGAAACCAUCACUAAUUCAUCCCCAGAAUGAUUAGUUUCCUGGUCUCCAGAUGUUCACCAGUGAAACAGCACUGGAGACUUGACUCCCGGUACACUCCCCACCUUUGCAGGUGCUCUGUGCAGGGCAGAGGAUUAGUGAAGUCCAGGGGCUACAGGCACCCUUAGGAACUUUAAAAAGCCUACAGUAAGUAUGCUUCGGUAUACAAAAUAACUUCAGGAAAAAGCGCUUUGGUUACAGGUGACUCCCCAAAAUAAACACAUCUAUUAUUUACA